AUGACUGAGUUCUGGUUAAUCUCAGCCCCAGGGGAGAAAACAUGCCAACAGACAUGGGACACGCUCAUGAUGGCCACCACCCGCACAAACAACCUGUCGACCAACAACAAAUUUAACAUCCCUGACCUGAAGGUUGGAACGUUAGAUGUCUUGGUUGGUCUGUCUGAUGAACUGGCUAAAUUAGACACCUUUGUCGAAAGUGUGGUGAAGAAGGUGGCUCAGUAUAUGGCAGAUGUCCUAGAGGACAGCAGAGACAAAGUUCAGGAAAACCUUCUUGCCAAUGGAGUUGAUUUGGUUACUUACAUCACAAGAUUCCAUUGGGACAUGGCUAAAUAUCCCAUCAAACAAUCUCUGAAGAACAUAUCAGAGAUUAUCUCUAAGCAAGCAACACAAAUAGACAAUGACUUAAAGGCUCGAGCUUCAGCUUACAACAACCUGAAAGGAAAUUUGCAAAAUCUAGAGAGAAAAAAUGCCGGGAGUUUGUUGACCAGGAGUCUGGCGGACAUAGUGAAGAAAGAAGACUUUGUUCUGGACUCUGAGUACCUCAUUACUAUGCUGGUUGUUGUCCCAAAAACAAGCUACGCUGAGUGGCAGAAGACUUAUGAAACUCUAUCAGAGAUGGUUGUACCCCGCUCUACAAAGUUGCUGUUUGAGGACAAUGAGAGUGGCCUGUUCAGCGUCACUCUUUUCAGAAAAGCAAUAGACGACUUCAAGCACAAAGCCAGAGAAAUCAAGUUUAGCGUGCGUGAUUUCCAGUACAAUGAGGAGGAAAUGAAGGCAGACAAAGAGGAGAUGACACGACUGUCCACUGACAAGAAGAAACAGUUUGGGCCGUUGGUGCGAUGGCUCAAAGUGAACUUCAGUGAAGCGUUCAUUGCAUGGGUUCACAUAAAAGCUCUUCGGGUGUUUGUGGAGUCAGUCCUGAGAUAUGGGCUUCCUGUGAACUUUCAGGCCAUGCUGCUUCAACCAAACAAGAAGAAUAUGAAGAAGUUGAGAGAGGUCCUUUAUGACCUUUACAAACAUUUGGACAGCAGUGCCGCAAUAAUUGAUGCUUCUAUGGACAUCCCGGGGCUAAACCUGAGUCAACAAGAGUACUAUCCUUAUGUUUACUACAAGAUUGACUGCAACUUGCUGGACUUCAAAGUUUAG